CAACGACACCCAUCAUAUCGCGCUUUUCUUCCGGCUCUUAUUUGAUGAGGCAUCUUUUUGGAGUCCCUCAACUGAUUUUUUCGGCCCUCGUAGCAUUACGACUCACCAUUGUUGCUGCCGCUCUGCAUACUUAUGCCGUCGAAAAACGCGUCACAAUGUGUAAACAUGGGCUCUGAAGAGAGAAACGAAAUGCUCCAUACCCUUGACAUGAGGUACCGACGCACUCUCCAUAGAUGCGACCUCGUGGUCAAGGACGAGGAAGCGCGGCGCUUGAAGUUGCGCAGCAUCAUACUCCGCGAUGAGGCAUCGGCGCUCAAGGACCAGCUCGCACAGAGAGAUGCUCGAAUCAAGCAGCUCGUUGACCAAGUCGAUGACGUCCGGAGUCAGCUGGGCGGCGCGUUGGAGAAGUCCCGCAGGCAGGAUAAGCUCAUGCAGUCGCAGGCUCGGGAGAUCACCAAUCUGAAGGAGGAGCUGUCGGCAAUCAACGCAGUAUCACAAGACUCGGCCAGAUUCCUAUCCGAGAAGCUCGCCCUCUCCCGUGAGCUUGCCGUGCUCAAGCCGGAGCUGGAACAUCUACGAUCGCAGUUGACACACCAAAAAGAUGUGCUCGCCGAGAAGCUGGCCCUCGAGCGCCAGCUUAAUACGCUGGAAGUCGAGCUGGCCAACGAAAAACGCGCCGCCCAGAAGGCAGACCAAAAACAGGAAAGAGAGAGCAGGGUAGAAGAAGAGCUGCGCAACCAAGUGCGAGAUCUGCAAGACGAGCUGGCCAAAGAGAAACGGCUUGCGGAGAAGAACAGAAAGACCAAAGAAACCAAGGAGAGCAAGGUAGAGGGAGAACUCCAGUCUCUCCGCGAACAGCUGGCAGCAGCGGAGGAAGAGCUUGCUGCUGAGAAGCGCAAGGCUGAGCAAGCAGAGAACGAGGCCUCGGAGACAUCAGCUGCAGAGGAGGAACUCGAACAGCUCCGGGCGGCGCUUGCUGAGGCUCGCAAGGCCUUGGCUCACGAGAAGAAAGUGAUGGAAAAGCUGCGCAAGGAGAAUGAGCAGGCCCAGGUUGAUGCAGAGGAGCGCCAGCAGGCCAUGGGCGACAAGGUGGACAGGCUACGGAGCAAACUCCGCGACACACAGGAGGAGCUGAAGAAGUGCCGGGCUGAGCUCGAGAAGGCACAGGCAAGGACAGUGACGGUUUCCAGCGCCGCGACCACUACAGUCCCGCUUAAGAGCGCUCCUGGUGCCAAGCCGAACGCGAAGAAGAAGAGAUCUGCCGACGAAAUGAGCGUGGAUGACAAAGUCCUUCUCACCCCGGGCAACAUGGACGACCGGCCGAAGCGCCCCCUUAAGAAGAGAGGCUUCGACCUGUCCAUGGUCGGCGGAAAGUCCGAAUUCUCCAUCACGCCCUUCCUCAACAAGACGGCCAACCUUGACGGGUCACCCAAACCUUCAAGCGACGAUGCCACGCCAAGCGGCCCAGUCCAGUUCCGCGCCGCGGAGCAGGCCAUCGCCACAACCCCUCCCGCCGAGCCAGCUUCCGAAGAGCCACCAACCGCCAAUUCCUCAGCAGCCAAACCCACCACAAAGCUCGUCGAGAAACGACCCCGCGGCAGACCCCGAACGAAGCCUCUCGCCGGCUCGGCCGCGUCCAAGAAGAACCUGAUUGUCCCCAAGCGCAAAGGCCCACACAUCGAGCCCACGUUGGAAAAUGUGGCCGAAGAGCCAGACGACGAGGGAGACAGCGCCAACCACGACCAGGAGAAUGUCUCUGCGAGUGGCGGCUCUGCCACCGCGAAGAGCACUGCCGCUUCCACUACCACCGCCUCGACUACCAGCGCGAUCAGCAGCGUCAUCCCUGAGAAGGCAGAGCCCAAGAAGAAGAAGCGCAAGCUGCUUGGGACAAACACGUCGACGCUGUUUGAUGGCGCUGAGGACGAAGGCGAGAGGGUGAAGCCUGCAGCUGGUGCUGCUGUUUCUGCCGCUGCUGGUGCUGCUGCUGGGGUCAAGAGGCCCGCGGUGAAGGUUGGGUUUGGUACUGGUGCUGGUGUUGGGAAGGGCAUGGCGGCGGGUCGAUUUGGAGCGGGCAUUAAGAAUGCUUUUGUGGGGACGACGUUCUCGCCUCUGAAGAGGGAUAAGCGGGGGGCGGGGGCUAGCUUUUUGGCGUAGCCUGCUCAUUUGUUCCACCCGGAUGGGUUGAGAGAGAUGUUGCGAAGUGGAUUGUUCUGUGGGAAUUUGAAUUAAGUCUGGGAUGGUGUAUAGGCAUGGUUCGGCGUUUGUGGUAUCUUGUGGCAUUUUGGCUUUUGGGAAGGGUUUCGAGGUUCUGGGAUCUAUCUGGGUUUUACUUGUUGGUUUACAGCACAGCACAAUCAACGGGAUGCUUCAUUCCAACUAUUCCUUGACUCAAGUAAUACUGAUAAUGACGAUGGGCUUG